CUUUCGCACAGGGAUUUUCACCGUAAGAAUACUUCUUGCUUCCUAUGACCUGUGACCUGUCUUGUCGCAUAGGCGCUGAGCAGCAUGCCACAGACACGGUCUGCCAAAGCCAUCCUGAGCCACCAGGAACGAACCGCGACCGAACCCCGCGAGAAGGAGCUGCACACUGCCAUUGUCUCGAAGAUCACGCCCGUCAAUGAUCGAAUCAAAACAAUCAGAUUCGACAUCGGGGACAAAAACGGCUUCAACUUCCUCCCAGGCCAAUGGCUCGAUGUCUUCGUGCCUGACGUUGAGAAAGCAGGCGGCUUCACCAUCACGUCUUCACCACGCGAUGCGCUGCCGCAGACGGAUCCGGAACACAGACCGUACUUCGAGCUAGCGAUUCAAGAUAGUCCUACUAACCCGCCGGCUGCGUGGUUGUGGCAGCCGGUGGAAGAGAUACAAGGGAAAGAGGUCAAAGUUCGCGUGGGCGGCAGCUUUGUGUGGCCUCCACUAGGGCUAGACGCAAAGAGGAUAAAGCGAGCCGUCUUCAUUGCAGGCGGAGUUGGAAUCAAUCCCAUCAUGUCCAUGCUGUCCUACAUACACCGCUCCUACCCAAACCUCCAAGUCCGCGUCCUCUACUCGACCAAAGUCCCGUCCCACGAGACGGGCCCCACCGAAGUCCUCUACCUCCCCGAGAUCCUAGACCUGUUCCGCAGACCGCGCUCAGAAACAACGAUAGACCGACUCGAGCUAUUCUUCACGGGGACUUGGGAUGGCUCUGAUAUGGGAACGAAGAACGAAGCGCCUAUAAACCCGCUCAUGGCGCUGACGCUCCCGAAGCUUGACUCCGACACCGAGGUGCCUGUCCUCGCUUGGACGCACCGCAUUGAUGAGUCUGCCCUGUCGAAUGCCGUGGGAGAUCCAAAGCAGGCGCAGGCAUCCGUCUUCUACGUAUGCGGACCGCCGGAUAUGACUGAUGAGCUUGUGCAGUUUCUCAAGGAGCAGAAGAGUGUCAAACCUGAGCGAGUGUUUUGCGAAAAAUGGUGGUAGUAGUUCGACAUGUUCCAGCUAGCUCGGUUUCGUAGCAGAUGCCAUUACGACUUGCUGAUCUAGACGAUCAGUCGAGCGUCAGGUCACCUCAGUAGUUGUCUCUCCGUCGUCGCAGCAAGCGCUAUUGUAUUUACGAUUCUCGCACCAUAACUCAACUUUACGCGCCCACAAAGGCCCUAAAUCCUGCCAUCCCGUGAUGUCGACCCAAAUCCCUGCAUCCCCACAGUUCUCACACGCAUCGCACAACUCUCCAUUCCUCGACGACAACUACCGGUUGUACAUGCAAUUCAGCCCACGGCAAGCGACUUCACAUGCUGUACAACCACGCCCCAUGCGCCUUAUCAGACCCAUCGACUUAACAUGAAGGCCCAAAUUGAAUUACCUAAUUCGUCAAUAUUAAUUAACACACAUUCCUCGCUACAACCUACAGGGAUGGCGCAAGGAACCAGCCGUCUUAGCUUCCGUCCGUCGAGCCGACCUGCAUCUCUGAUU